AUGCCCCUGAACUCCGCGCUCUGCUGCCCGCCCUCGCGCGCCGACGUCGCCUGCGGGGAGAUAGGCUUCGCCCGCGGCUCCGUGGACAUCUGCUGUGCCCAGGGCUCCCCUGCCGCCGUGGAGGGCCUCUCGUGCCUGGGAGGGGAGCGUGACCUGCAGGGGAUGCCCCUCGACGACCCAGACGAGGGGGCCCAGACGAAGUGGCGCGGCCAGACAAGCGGACCUGAGCAGAGCAUGCCGCUCCUGGCCAGGCUGGCCAGGCCCAGCAUCCUCCAGAGGCGCGACGGCAAGAUGCUGGGGCUGACGGCGCUGUCCGACGUCGCGGCCGAGGCGCCGAGUCCGCUGGGAUCCCCCACCAGUUUCGCACUACCCAGGCAUCUGCGCGGUGAUCAUGAUGCCGCGCUGGCUGCGGCUGCACGGGGUGGCAGUGGAGGAGGACUCGGGCGCGGUGCCGCCCGUGCACGGCAGCUGCAGCAGUUGCCGGCGAUCGUCAGUUCCACGGCUCCCGAGGAGAGCCCAAGCGAGACCCCAGCCAGGCUGGCCCUCGUGCGCAGGCCCAGGAGCAGUGUCGACGUCGGCGCCGCGGGAGACGUUCAAGAGCGCGGGGGGCAGCGAGAGUCCCAAGCGAGGCGCGUGAGUUUCUCGCCAUCUUCCUUGAACAGCACCCACGACGUGACGCCUUACGCCAGGAAGUACGGCGUUCACCCGCGCUUCUUCGAAUUCAACCGACGGGGCGAGAUGCAAUUGAUCGAUGGCGGCGUCGUGGACGACAUCAGGCGGGUGGCCGAGGGUGACCAUCGUCUGAAGCGGAGCGGGGAAGCGCUGUGA